UGCAAAACUAAAAACUACAUGAUCUGAACAGACGUAUCUGUUCUGUUUGAAUCUGAUCUAGGAGUCUAACCACAAGAAUGUCCUUCUGUAUGGGACUCUGAGACGCUCACAGUGAAACUGGACACAUGAUGUAAUCUUCCUGACCGUGUGGCUGCUGUCCAUGGUGCAAUAUGCGGUGCAUUAACCUUGGUGUAUAUAAAUACAACCUGUCCAGAGCUGCUUCUUUAAAACACAGGUCCCAUAACAGCGUUAUCACAGUCUAUACUAUGACUUAUAAAUGAUACUGUUUGGAUUGACGUGUCAGACAGGUUUUAAAUUAGUCAUGAUUACUGUUCUCGGGCCUUAUUACUCUAAAAAGCUUGUUAUUUGUCGCCCCAUAGUGGCCAUUUCUUAGCACAGCGCCUGGACUCACAAACUUCUCUUUUCCACUAAAGGUUCAUUUCGGAUUUGUUUAGUGUUAGAAAAAAAGAAAAUAUGAUCUAUAGUUAUCAUACUUAAUUAGCAUUGCUCUCUUUGAAUGUUUCAAAAUAAAACCAGUCUUGCAUACUAUUUAAAUAAAUUACAGAGGCCCCUUUUAAAUCCUAAAGCCUUUCCUUGCCACAGAAUCCUGGUUCUCUUUCUUAAGUGCCCUAAGUAGGGAUCAUGUGCACUUUUGUGCUUAGUGCUGAAUUUUGGAGCGCUUGGCGCUUGUACGCUUAAAGACUUGGCAGCAUUGGACAGAUUUCGACCCGAGUCUGAGUUCUAGUAUGCAAGUUCGCCCCUAACGCAAAUGUGCACCAUCUAAGCGUUGUAGAACACAAAUGCGCAUCUGCAAAGCAUCCUAGAGCGCAAGCAGCCAUCUCCUAAUUGCACUACAAUGCAAGUGUGCAUUUGUUGGGCGUUCUAGAACGCAGAUGUGCACCAACUAAGAGUCAGAGAACUCAAGUGAGCAUCUGGAAAGCGUUCUAGAGCGCACGUGGGCAUCUAUAAAGCGUUCUAGAACGGAAGUGAGCAUCUGCUAAGUGCUCUAGAACAUAAGUGUGCAUUUGUUGGACGUUCUAGAACGCAGAUGUGCACCAACUAAGAGUUAGAGAACUAAAAUGAGCAUCUGGAAAGCGUUCUAGAACGGAAGUGAGCAUCUGCUAAGUGCUCUAGAACAUAAGUGUGCAUUUGUUGGACGUUCUAGAACGCAGAUGUGCACCAACUAAGAGUUAGAGAACUAAAAUGAGCAUCUGGAAAGCAUUCUAGAACGGAAGUGAGCAUCUGCUAAGUGCCCUAGAACAUAAGUGUGCAUUUGUUGGGCGUUCUAGAACGCAGAUGUGCACCAACUAAGAGUCAGAGAACUCAAGUGAGCAUCUGGAAAGCGUUCUAGAGCGCACGUGGGCAUCUAUAAAGCGUUCUAGAACGGAAGUGAGCAUUUGAUGGGCGUUCUAGAACGCAGAUGUGCACCAACUAAGAGUUAGAGAACUCAAAUGAGCAUCUGGAAAGCGUUCUAGAGCGCACGUGGGCAUCUAUAAAGCGUUCUAGAACGGAAGUGAGCAUCUGCUAAGUGCUCUAGAACAUAAGUGUGCAUUUUUUGGACGUUCUAGAACGCAGAUGUGCACCAACUAAGUGUCAGAGAACUCAAGUGAGCAUCUGGAAAGCGUUCUAGAACGGAAGUGAGCAUCUGCUAAGUGCUCUAGAACAUAAGUGUGCAUUUGUUGGACGUUCUAGAACGCAGAUGUGCACCAACUAAGAGUUAGAGAACUAAAAUGAGCAUCUGGAAAGCGUUCUAGAACGGAAGUGAGCAUCUGCUAAGUGCUCUAGAACAUAAGUGUGCAUUUGUUGGACGUUCUAGAACGCAGAUGUGCACCAACUAAGAGUUAGAGAACUAAAAUGAGCAUCUGGAAAGCAUUCUAGAACGGAAGUGAGCAUCUGCUAAGUGCCCUAGAACAUAAGUGUGCAUUUGUUGGGCGUUCUAGAACGCAGAUGUGCACCAACUAAGAGUCAGAGAACUCAAGUGAGCAUCUGGAAAGCGUUCUAGAGCGCACGUGGGCAUCUAUAAAGCGUUCUAGAACGGAAGUGAGCAUUUGAUGGGCGUUCUAGAACGCAGAUGUGCACCAACUAAGAGUUAGAGAACUCAAAUGAGCAUCUGGAAAGCGUUCUAGAGCGCACGUGGGCAUCUAUAAAGCGUUCUAGAACGGAAGUGAGCAUCUGCUAAGUGCUCUAGAACAUAAGUGUGCAUUUUUUGGACGUUCUAGAACGCAGAUGUGCACCAACUAAGUGUCAGAGAACUCAAGUGAGCAUCUGGAAAGCGUUCAAUAAGCAAGUACGCAUCUGUUACGCGUUGUAGGCCGCAAGCACGCCUAUUGGGACGUGGCCAGUCCGGCUACGUCAUGCGCAUGCGCAUCCUGACCCAAGCAGCGAGCUGGCGGGAGGAGAGUGAAGUGAAGCUGCUUUGAAAAGUUCCCGUCUUCCUUACUAAGCAUGGAUCACAUCUGGGAGGAGUGCAAGAUCCAGGCUUUCGACUCAGAAACUCAGAACCUGAUUAAAGCAGCACUAAAAGACUCCUCUGCAGUGGACUUAGAAAAGCUGUCUGAAGCCAUCGUGGACCAGUCACUGAAGGACAGGUCCCUAUGCAGAGAUGCGGGACACAUCUGCUAUGCUUUAGUACAGACAGAGGCAAAACACAGCAAUACGAACGUGUUUCGGAGAAACCUGCUGACCCGACUCCAGAAGGAGUUCGUGGAGAGAGAAGAGACGCGCAAGCGCUCUGUGCAGGAAUGGGUGUGCGUCGUCUCCUUCAUCUGUAACAUAUUCGAUUACCUGAAGGUGAACAACACCCCCAUGACUGCGCUGGUGGAUCCAGUGUAUGAUUGCUUGUUCAGGUUGUCUCAGCCGGAUGCUCUACUGAAUGAGGAGGAGGUGGACUGUUUAGCGCUGCAGUUACACCGCGUGGGUGAACAGCUGGAGAAGAUGAACGCCCAGCGCAUGGACCAGCUUUUCUACCUGCUGCGAGACGGCUUCCUGUUGCAGGACAACCUGAGCUCCAUGACCCGCCUGCUGCUGCUGGAGGUGCUGGAGUUUCGGGCCAGCGGCUGGACCCUCAGUGCCGCAGCCCAGCGGUACUACUACAGCGAGGUGGUGGACUGAACCAGCGUGAAUGGUGCUUUUACUCCAGCGGGGAGACACCCUGCCAGCUUUGGAGUUCAGCCAGCUGUUCUGGAGCUGGUGCAGACCGGUUGGAGAGAGUAUAGAGGAGGUUUGGGAGGCCAGAGCUUGGUGCAGUUGAAGCAGCUGUGUGUUUGCAGGCUCGUUGCCUGCAGCUCUGCUUGUACGUUUGUUUGGGUAUAUGGUGUUUAAAGUUGAAGGCCGUCAUGAGUGGUUCUGUUGUGUCAUCUCAGUUACAGUUUGUGGAGUAGUGCCACCAAGGGACAGUCAGUAAAGCUUGAAAGGGUGUGUGUAUGAGGUGGUGAGCCAAAUAAAGCAUGAAAAAUGUUUACGGUAUUAUUACUGGAACAGAGAGCAGUGACCCUGAAAAAGAAAAGUAGUAACACAACAGAAACUUCAACAGAGUAACACUGCAGUAAAUUCAGGCCUUUACUGUAGUUCAUCAACAAAUAUAGAUUACAAUUAAUAACAGUUCUACAGGAAUAUAUCAGGAAAACAGAAAUGUUAUACAGCACUAUAGGAAUACUAAAUUCUGUAGCUUUUUUGUAAGAGUGCAGUUCUUAAUCUCUUUGUUAAUUGAUUGGUGACUUUCUUUACUAUGGAUGCUUUAUAAUAAUGUGAAUUUUGUAAUGUUCAAACAUUUUUACAUUCCAAAUUAUUUCAAAUAAAGUCUAAGUUUAAAAGGGAA